AUGCUUGUAUCCGUGGCUGUUUGCUUUGCGUAUUCGCACGUGCUGUUCUAUUGUUUUUUUCAUUUGUUUUCAUUAGCUACCCCUCACAACCUUUUUACCUUGUUUGUGAGCCUUUGGCAGCGCAUUAGUAGAGAAAAAGGAGUGGAGAGCAACCUGUAUUGUAUCAUUACAACACCAGCAUCCAUUGUAGAGAUAUCUGGAGGUAAUAUGAUAUCAGAGAGCCAGAUGUUUAGCCCGUGGCGCAACUCUGCGCGAGAUCAAGCACAAUUACGUAGUUGUGCCCUAGCUGCCCCCAGUGCAGCAGCUUCUCGUUACAUUCACCGGCUUGAGGAGGAGGUUUCGGCUCUCACGCAGCACUACAAUACGGCCUGCCACUUGUUGCACCGCGCCAUUUUAGUACAGGAUUUAUCUUCUGUUAUCAUAGACGAAUUGGAGGGUCGCAGCCACAUCGUUGAAGAAGAGAGCACGUUGAGAAGCAAUAUGAUGUGGCUGUGCAUGAGUAUGACAUCUGUUCUUAGGCGCACUGUGCCGCAGCACAGUACUGCAGUGCGAGCGGGAACAGCGUCCCAGGUAGAUUCAGACGCUGCACGAGACCUAAAUGGGUUGCCAGAGCGUAUUAUAAACGCUGUGCGGCACACAGUAGAGCAGGGGAGCGAACGUGUCAGUGAGUUAGUGAGUGCCGUUCCACGAAGGGUGUGCAUGGCACUUUCGACUGAAGAUAUCGGAGUAAACAGGUCAAAACAUAAUGCCAGCGUGAUGCAGAACGAGGAGUACCGCUCUGGAUUUUCUACAAUGCAGCGACAAUUAGACCGUGUGCUAAGUCGUGUAGAAGAUAUUCUUAGCGAGUUUAACACUGCUCAGCAUGCACUAGUGAAUCAGCAGCGUGACGACGAGUAUAGCAAGGGAUACGUUGUAUCGCUUCAAACAGCAGCCAAAAAUGUGGAGGAUUUAUCAACGCAAGUUGCUGAGCUAUUGCGCCAACUACAGCAGAUGCGGCGGGACCAGUUACAACACCAACAAACUUCUGUAAGCUCAUCAUCACAACCACAACUUUCACCUGCAAAGGUAACCUUUACAGAAACGACUCAGACGACCGGUCCACUACCAUCGUGUGAUGCAGUGACUCAGACGCUUCCGCAACCCGAACCUGCCGCAUCAAAGGUAGAGAGCCCUGCAACACAAAGAGUUAAAAUUGUCCAAGCUUCUUCGGUUACUGCGCAGACCCAAACUGCUGGCCCUCCACCUACUGCCACAACCGCAACCCAAACAAAAACGCCCCCAUCGUCACCAACAGACGUAACGAGGGAGAAUCGUACAACUCAGCGAUCGAUACUUACAGCGCCACUGCCAACAGUAGCAACAGGAACUCAAACCGACACCCCUAAACCAUCAGCUGCAGAACUGGCGCCAUCGACCGACAAGUGUCUCCGGGAUUCGCGAGCUGCAGAGGAGUGGAAACUGUUGAUGGAAUUUGCUGUCAACGCCAUUAACGUCCUAUCGUCGAAUGUGCGUGAUUACGUCUCAACUUUCGAGAAGAUCCAGAGACUCUCGGAGCAGGAAAUAGAUUUCCUCCAACAAGUGGGUGACAGCCGGAAAACGAGACGAUGGGAGUCUCUUCUUGCAGAAAAGAGCGCUGAGAUUGUGCGACUUAAUGAGGAGGUAACAAAACUAGACAGCGCUAUCAAAGCUGCGGAGAAACCAAGGACGAGAUCUUCCCCUAGCCCGGCGCGUUCGGAGGAUAAUAACACACCUUCUCUUGCGCAAUUAUACGCCGCGUAUUCUGCACCUUUCAUACCACCGAAGCUUCGUACCACUCAGAAGGUCAAAUUGCUUCCCACCACUGAACUGCUGAAAGCAGCUUUACGUGCUGGAGCUCGCUCUGCUACAGAAGGAGACAGUACAGGGGCUCGUAGCGGUACAGUGACGCCUAAGAGCGUGAGCCGAAGUCCUGGAAAGAGUGGCGAGGGCUCGCCCGUUUCGAGGCAGGGAUUGACACCGGAUGCAAAAGCUGCUAAAAAAGUUGCAAUAAGUGAGCCCAAUAAAAUGCCUUUCCAAUCAGCCCCGAACGCAGCGGUUAGGGGUGGUGAUAUUUCUCCCCUGACGGGAUCGCGUAGAUCUACUGUCGCCGCUCCUCCCGCUGCUACGAAACACGUUGAAAAGCGCACUCAUAGGGUGUUUGACGAUGACACUCCCGUGGCUACUCCAAGGGUUUCUACAGUCACUAAAGCUCCUGACACCAGUGACAAACCGUCUUUGCCUUCUAGUAAGAUUCGGAAAUCCGACGCCGCCGCUGCGAAAAGCUCCCCCAGGGCUGCUUCUCCACCACCAACGUCCGCAGUUUCUAUAGGCGGUGACGUUGUUACUGUGCGAAAAUUCAAAAGGUCACUUUCCUCGUCAUCUUCGUCCUCUGGGAAGGCAGAUACAAUUGCCCCGCUACGAGCCAAGAAGAGUGAAGUUGGCAACAAAGAAUCUCAUGAAAAAGGAGAAGACGGGAAACCAAAGGAUGAGCCCAAGAAAUUGGAGAUGCGCCAACUGAAAAAGAAGUCCUUUUCUAGCGACAGUCUCAGUGUCUCGCUUUCUGAUGUUCCUGUCACCCGUCCAAAGGUAGAGAAGGUUGCCGAUAAACCAAAAUCAGCAGCUGCCAACAACUCAUUCGACGAAAGCAGCGAUGACGAGCCUAAGAGAGCUUUACACCGCGUAUCUGUGCCGGCGAAGAACAAUGAACGCAACGAGCAAACUCCGAGCAACAAGUGCCAAGACAAACCGAGAGAGAAAAGGUGGAGUGAAACCUCCUCUUCGUUGGAUGAUAAAGAAGGAGGAAAUGAGAAAGCUGCAGCCAAAAAGGGUGUAUCCAAGAAUGCUUCAAAAAGUACUGAUACAUCUCUAACGUUAACUCUGUAA